AUGGCAUCUGCUCCCGCCUCCCCCAUCGCGGCUCCCGCCAACAUCAAGACCGCCAAUGACGACGACGAGGUCUCCUACAUCGACUACGAGACCUUCCUCGACCCGGCCUUCAGCCCCUCCUCCUUCGCCAACACCCUCGUCCUGGCCACGAACAACGCCAACGACAGCCCCCUCGACCUCUCCACGCCGCUGUCCCGAGUCCUCUUUGACAUCCAAGAGAUCGACUCGCACAUCGAUGCCCUGACGACACGCUCCGCCAUCCCUCUCCUCACACACACCAAGAACCAGAACGAUGCCAGCGCCCGCAUCGUCAACGAGAUCGACGCUCAACUCAAGUCGCUCAAUGACAGCUACAAACAGCUAGAGAAGGAGGUCGUACAGAAGCAUGCAGAGGCAGACGAGGUCCGGCAGGUUGCUUCCCGCUUGUGGGAGACCCUGCGCCUCGGUCGAUCUGUCGGCCGCUGUCUGCAGCUGGGCCGCCAGCUCGAGGUGCAGCACGCCGAGCUCGCCGCCCCGACCACUUCAGGAUCCAGCACGGGUGCGAACAGGAAGGAAGACCACCGAGCCCUCGUACGCUGUGCCCACACCAUCCUCUCCCUCCGCGAGAUCCUAGAGCACAAGGCCCCGGGCCAAGAGGGCCACGGGCUGGAGAAGGUCGACGCCAUCCGCAGCCUACAGACCUCGGUCGUCUUGCCCAUCGAGCGCUCCGUGCGCGAGGCCGCCGAGCGCAUCGUCCGCGAGUUCUCCAUGGGCUCGGGCGCCACCUUCGCCCAGACCGAGGACGCGCGCGCGCGCACCACGUCGGCCCUGGUCGCGCUGUACCUCGUCUCGCCGACGGCCCUCCAAAAGGGCGAGCGGUGGGCGCCGCAGGCGAUGCUGCACGCGCUCGAGGUGUACCUGCGCUCGGCGCUGCAGAGCAGCAUCGCCAGCCUGGCGCGGGCCCUCGCCGCGCUGCCGGGGCUCGACCGCGCGCUGGCCGAGGUCAGCGCCCGGUGCCAGAACAUCAUGGCCCUCGAGCUCAUCCUCGAGUCCACGCGGGCGCCCGCGCACCCGCUGCUGCGCCAGCCGCCGCCGCCGUCGUCGUCCCUGUCCUCCGCCACGUCGUCGUCGUCGACGACGACGGGCACUGCCGGCGGCGGCAACCUGCUGCAGCCGCUGCUGGCGUACCUCGAGACCGGCUCGCUGGCCUCGUACUUCUGGCGCACCCUCGCCAGCAGCCUGUCGACCCGGGUCCAGGAGAUCGUCAACCGCGGCGGCGUGUCGGCGCGCACGCUGCGGACCAACAAGGCCGCCGUCGGCGAGGCGAUCCGCGAGUGCGUCCUGCGCGGCACGCGGCCGCCGGGCGCGAUGGCCGCCGGGGCCAAGAAGGGCAGGGCGGGCAAGGGCGAUGGGGAGCAGGGCGGCGGCGGUGGUGGGAACGGCGGGUGGGACCGGGAAGUCGCGGUCAUGGUUGGCAGCGUUACUCGCUGGCGUGUCUGCGACCGCGACCCGAAGCAAUGCCCACCCGGCAUCACAGCUGCUGGUGUAUUGCUUGGUCUGAACGAUGGGCAGGUCUUGCCACCGAGGCCCAGGCCCUUUCUUACCUUUCCGAGGCGCCCAGCUGUCCCGCCCGACUUGCUGUCUCUGAACCGGGAGCUGUGCCUGGGCAGAGUGCAGUUGUGCGUCGCUGACUUCUUCGACUACGAGCAAAGGGACUACUUCUUCGGGGUCAUGACUGACCGCGUCCAAGCGCCUACGCAAGAGGGCCCCGGCGCGUGGAUGCUGCCGCCAUUCGUCGGGCCUUUAGCACCUUUGAUGAUACCGGAGAAAUGUGUAAUCGACAGCAUCUUUGAAGAGUACCGGUCCUCGGCCUUGACAACCUUGUUCCCUGUCGUCGACCCAGCAAUCUUCCGGAACACCAUAGUCCUGGCUAGCGCGUUGCCGCUGCCUGAGAACCUCGCUGUAGUGAUUGUAGCUUCUUUCAUAUGCUUCAUGUCGUCGCUCCGACCCCAGGUCCUGGCGUUGCUCCGACCCGAACUUACCCCAAACCCGGUUCAAGAAGUAGGGGAGAUAGUGAUGUUGGCCAGGCACGUCGAGAGACUCCUUCCUGAUUUUAUCACAAAGAGCCCCUCGGUCGACGCGCUGCAGGCUGCCGUGAUGAUGGCACUAUACUGGGACUUCAAGGGCAGACUAUUGCACGCCUCGCGCUAUCUCCAGCUAGCCACCGACUGCAUGGCCAAGCUCCUCCGAGAACGGCGCAACUUCCAGCCGGGCCAUCCCGCGCGGCUCUUCACGCUGUGCUGGUUCUGCGAUGCGCAUUUCGCCUUGCGCAUCGGCUACGGGACCUCGUUCCCCCACGGGCUUUGGGCAAAUGUCCCAGAGCACAACCCGGGCUGGCUGGCGGUCCAGCCCAGCCACGUGGACCUCACGACCCUCAAGGUCCGAGUGCUCAACACGUUGUACUUUGGUGAGUCCGAGCGCCAGACGGUCCUGUUCGAGCGGAGGGAGCAGGUGAUCGAUUGCCUCGCCCAGCUCAGGCACUGGCAGCGCGCGACCGCCGUCAAGGCGCCCGACGAGUCGGACCCGCCCAAGCAGCAUGACUUCCCCACCGGGGCGUGCCUCGACUUCGGCACGCUAGCCAUCUUCACCAAGAUCGAGGGCCUGUUCCUUGAGUCGGUGAUACACUACGCCCUCGCCAGUUGGGAGCCGAUCGACGGCCUGACGCAGAAGGAGAAGGGGUAUAUCUUUUCGAGCUCGGAUGCGACGAUCAAUUCGUGCCGCGAGAUGAUUGCGUAUUUGUGCUGUCGAUCGGACGAGUUGCGCGGGGAGCCGUACUGGUCUUUCGUUUUCUAUGUUGCCUGGGCCGGCCUGGUCAUGUUCUACAGCACCUUGAGCGCGCCUGACUUACAGACGGCGAGGAAGGACCUGGACAUCCUGCGCGAGGUGCCGGGCCUCCUCAUCGGCAUGUACCGCAACCAGCCUUUCGCCGGCCCCAACUUCAACCAGGCGCAGAUGAUCCACGGGGUGCAGGAGGGCCUGUUCCGGCUGGCGAGAAAAUAUGUCGAGAUGCGGGCCCAGGGCGAGCUAUUGAAGAUAGGAGCGGGAGGUCAGGACGGAGGGAACGUUCAGGACGGAGGAGGACCGUCGGGGCUUCCGAACACGAUAGUUGCGGAGGGUGUCCCAGAUGCCCCAGAUGCCCCGAAUCUACGCGGAGGGGCUGCCCAAGAUACGGAUGUGGAGGAUGGACAAGAGGUGGAUACGGAAUUCGAUCCAGACGCCAGUUUCGACGGUGGUUCAGACGUCGACCCCGACACCAGUUUCGACUUUGGUGCAGACGUCGUCAUUGGAGAGGGUGGCCCAGACAUCAAUCUGGACCUUGACCCGAACGUCAAUCUGCAGUUCAACCCAAAUGUCAUUGGAGAGGGUGGCCAAAAUGUUCAUGGAGAGUCUGAGACCGAUAAAGAGUCUGGCCAAGCGGGCAUAGGUUUUAAUGGAUAA